AUGUCGCAACUUGAAGCUUGGGAAAGAUUUCGUCAAUUUGAUUUUGCCAACAAUGAACAAUGGAAACAAUACCUGGAAAAUUUAACCUUACCAGAAAAUUUAUCGGAACAACAAAAAAUCAACACGAUCGCAAAAUACAAGAAAAAGUUCUACUCGGCACGAAUUGAAAAAUUAAAUGAUUUUGUAUUGCCGUAUACUCAGAUUGAAAUUCCAGCCACUGCUGGGAAGCAUGAUGCUACUAUUAUAUUUAUGCAUGGAUUGGGAGAUUCUGGUUCUGGAUGGAGUGAUGUAUUUAAAAAGAUUAAGAAAAUGUCGUCAGAGUUUGAUUGUGUCAAGGUGAUUUUGCCUAAUGCUUCAGAACAGUUUGUUAGUUUGACCCAAAUGUCAAUGCCCUCAUGGUAUGAUUUAUUGUCCUUGUCAAUUGAUGGAGCUGAGGAUGUGGCAAGUAUGGACAAGUGUUUUAAUAAUGUCACAACUUUGAUUGAGAGGGAAAUUUGUGAAUUUGGAAUUAAAUCUGAACGUAUAAUAUUGGGAGGAUUUUCACAAGGAGGAAGUGUUGCAUUUUACCAUGGAUUGACCAACAAGUACAAGCUCGGAGGAAUUAUUGUCUUGUCGUCAUGGCUUCCUAAUAGAAAGAAUGCACUCACAUUUGUUGGAAAAGACUUUCCAAACAAGACUACACCAGUUUUCCAAGCUCAUGGAACAUCAGAUGUUGUUGUUAGAUAUGAUUGGGGAGCUACCAGUAUGAAAUUUGUUGUUGGAAGUUUGUUAGGAGGUGAAGAGAAUGCCAAGCAUUACACUUUCAAGACUUAUUCUGGAAUGGGUCAUUCAAGCUCCUUAACUGAAAUGAAUGAUAUGGCAGAAUUCAUCAAGUCAUCCCUUAAAUUAUAA